ACCGUGAACGCAGGUGGUCAUAAAGGAAGGCAACAAUGACGUUGCCUUCUAAUUGCCGUGGCUGCACUUGUCCUUGACGUAGGUCAUGGUCAGCUAGCUGUUUCCUCGCCGAAUGGUGACGCAAGAGCAAGAACAGCCGGUUUAUCAGGGUCCUUUAGCCCCGGUGGUGUGCUGAAUGGCUUAGGGGGUGAUAUCCCGGCUGGUGCCAUCGGUGGUAGAAUUGGCAGCACCAUAGGGGCUGGAGUAGGCCGUGGCUUGGGUGGUGGCAUGGGCACUGGCAUCGGUGGUGUCUUGGGUGGUGCCGCGGGAAGUGCCGUCGGCAAUGCAAUAGCCAACGGUGUGGGAGGCACGACAUCUACUUGGUCGAGUGGCAAUGGAUUUGGAGUAGGGGCCACUGGCGGAGUACCAUCGGUUGGAACAAGGGGUGUGGGUGGUGGUGCCUUGAGCUCUGGUGCCUUCAACAGAGGAGUAGCUGGUGUGAUGCGCGGUGGCUUCGGUAGUGGCGUGGGCACUGCCUUGGGAAGUGGCGCGGGCGCCAGCUUGAGUAGGGGCUUGGCCACUGGCGCGAGCGUCGGUUUAGGCAGUAACUUUGGCGGUACCCUUGGCAGUAGAGUUGGAGGUGCCUUGGGUGGUCUCGCAGGCGGCACCGUCGCCGGUGCCUUGGGUAACAGAGCUGGAGUCACUGGUUCGAUGGGUCCAGGAUCCAUUGGUGGACCACGCGGUGGAUUUCUGGUUGGUGCAGGUCCUGUUGGCGGUAGCUUGGAAAGCCUUGGAAAAAUGACAGGUGAAUCUAGUGGCUGGGAAUAUGGUGGCGUUUCGUACACUGGCAAGCUGACGUCAGGUGGUUCAGGACCUUCUAGUGUUGUCAUUGGACCAAGCGAUAGAUUGCGACCCGGAGGGUUAGGAAUCGGUGUUGUUGGCCCUGGAGUAAGAGGUGGUAUACCUGCAGGUGGAAUGUUUCCACCUGGAAUUGGACCUGCCACCGGUGGCUUCGGAGGAAGAGUUAGGAUACCUCCGGGAGCAGUUGGUGUUGGUGAUGGCCUUCGAGGAAGAAUUGGAAUACCUCCGGGAGGAGUAGGUGCUGGCGUUGGAGUUCCGAGUGACGCAGCCACUGCUGGCACGGUAUUGGCUGGCAUUGGAGGAGCACUGAGUGGUGUCCCUGGAGUCUUAGGUAACUUUCGAGUUCGCAGCAAACCAGUUUCAGUGGGCACAGGCAUUGCUGGUGCGGUCUUGGGAGUCAUUGGAGGAGCACUAGCGAAUGCACCGGGAGCUGCGGGACCUGGUGUUGGCUUUAGAGGAAGUGGACAUGCCCGUUUGUCAGGUAGCUUGGCUGGUAUUCCUCUUCCUGGUAUGAGUGGUGGACGCCCCGGAUACGCAAGUGGCUUUGUGUCCGGCGGCACAGGCCCUCUUUCGGGAAUGAGCGGCGUAGGACCAACGGUGACAGGUUCUAUUAGUGGCCCAGGAGCAGCUGGCAUGCCAGGUGGCUUCAGGCUUGGUCCUGGCCUUGGAGCUGCUGGCGGACGACACAUUGCCGGAGCAGGACCAGCUGGUACCGGACUUGGAGCUGGUGGUGGAUCACCUCUAGGUGGCGUAGGUAUGGCCCAUGGCGGCAUGGCAAUGCAUGGUGCUCCUGGUACCGGAUAUCUAGCGAGAGGUGUAGUAGGACCUGGACUGACGACUGUUAUGAGUGGUGGUGGCCAGGGUAUCGGACUGAGAGUGGGUGCUCCGGGUCUCGCUGGUAAUUUCCACGGCGUUAUCGGGAGUGGCACGUCAGGUGGUUCAUUUGCUGCGGGUGGUGGCAGCCACGUAGGAGGUGCCUCAGGAGCUGCUCUGCCAGGCCAUUUGGCUUCUGGCAGCAGUAAUCACGGCACCAGAUUCAUCACAGGUGGUCCAGGAACUUCUGGUUCUGCAUUUGGAGGCCGUGGGAGCCUACAUGUAGGUGGUCCACGCUUUGCAGUCAGUGCAGGCCAUGCAGGUGGCGCAGGCAGUGCGGGUUCCUCCACCGGUACUUAUGGCGAAAGUGCAGGAACAGGAUCAUCUGCGUCGAGUGGCUCGAGACUUGGGGCCGGCCUUGGAGCUGCUGGCGGACGACACAAUGUCGGAGCAGUUGCUGCGGGUGGUGGCCGUCGAGCAGAAGGUGCCCCAGGAGCUGCUCUGUCAGGUUAUUUGGCUUCUGCCAGCAAUACUUAUGGCACCAGAUUCUCUACAAGUAGUUUUGGAGCUUCAGGUGCUGCACUUGGAGGGGGCGGGAGUCUACUUGUAGGCCGUCCAGGCUUUUCAGUCAGUGCAGGCAGUGCUGGUGGCACAGUCAGUGCGGUUAACCAUGGCGGAGCUCAUGGCGGAGCCAAUGGAGGUAUUUUUGGCGGUUCUCUUAGAGGAGUUGCUGGUCGUGGAUCUUUGUCUGGUAUUUCAGAACCAUCUGGUUCCGGAGCUGGAUUUCAUCAUGGACCAGUCGUAGGUGGGGCUACUGGACCAUGGAGUGCAGGUCAUGCUGGCGUGGCAGGUGUUGCAGGCGGUGCAAGUACUGCCGGUGGUGCAAGCACCGCAGGUGGUGCAAGUGGUGCAAGUGCGGCAAGUGGUGCAAGUGCGGCAAGUGGUGCAAGUGCGGCAAGUGGUGCAAGUGCGGCAGGUGGUGCAAUUGCUGCAGCAAGUGGUGCAAUUGCUGCAGCAAGUGGUGCAAUUGCUGCAGCAGGUGGUGCAAGUGCUGCAGCAGGUGGUGCAAGUGCUGCAGGUGGUGCACAUGGCACAGGAUACAUUACAGGUGCUUAUGGCGGAAAUGCAGCAACAGGAACAGUUGCGUCAAGUGGAUUGAGUGGUGUUCGAGGAAUCACUGGAGGAUUCGGUGGCAUGUCUAGUGGCACAGUGCAUGGUAGUCGGCUCAUCGUUACUGGUAAUUCACGAACGGGUGUCACAGUUACUGGAGGUCAUACUGGUGGUGCUUUAACCUCAGGAACAACUGGUGGCAGCCUUGUAACUGGUGGUUCAGCGGGGUCAGGUGGUGCAGGUGGUGCAGGUGGUGCAAGUGGUGCAAGUGGUGCAGCAAAAGCUGCAACAAUGGCGCUGUCGUUGUCCGCCACCGUUGUCUGCAAGUGCUAUCGCACAAAGACAUAUUCACCGCUGGUAAUCAAGGGCAUAGAGAUGACAGCACGACACGCUAAAUUCAUCAGUUUUAUUUCCAGGAACCAAUAA